CUGCCCGGUUUGUUUCCCUAUUUAUCAUGUUUAUGCAACCGAUUAUUCAGGCAUAGUGAGGCACAUAAGAGAGGACAAUACGAUUCACAUUCUCAGCUCGGUAACUUACCGAACAAUUUUAGAGGACAUCCCCGUCGUUUUACGCUUGACAAUGUCAGAGGGGAAGAUCACACGACCACGGGUUGAUUCACACUUCAAGGUCAAACUGGAUGACGCAGAGAACCGCAUCAGACGACUAGAGGAUGUUAAGGACUAUGAUGAUGGUGUCACUAAAGACACUCUGGCGGUAACAGCUAAGACGAAGCUUAGACUACCAACGGCUACUACUCCCAUCGUUCCAUCUCUUAGCUGGUCAAGUUCUUAUGAACUUCAUGGAAAGGUGGAAGAUUACCAGCAAUUUAGUAAGAAUGGGUAUAUUUACGGUCGCUAUGGCAACCAUUCCUGUGACAAUGCUGCCCAUGCAAUCAACAAACUUGAAGGAGGAAUAGGAGCUCUUGUUUUCUCAACUGGUAUGUCUGCUAUCACCACUACAGUCCUUGCUCUUAUCAAGACGGGAGAUCACGUGGUAGCACCCGAUCCAGUGUUUGGAGGAACCUAUAAAUUCUUUAGUUCCAUGCUGAAGGAUUUUGGUGUUGAAACAACCUUUGUACCGGCUGGGGACAUUGACGCUUACAAAAAUGCAAUCAAGUCGAACACAAAGCUCUUCUACGCUGAGACCCCUACUAAUCCUACGUUAAACCUGACCGAUCUAAAAGCGUUUGCAGAUGUUGCCAAGUCUGUUCCAGGGGCUAUCAGCAUGUGUGAUUCAACAUUCGCCACACCAUAUCUACAAGACACACUUGGUCUUGGUGUUGAUAUCUCAUUUCAAAGCUGUACGAAAUAUUUAGGAGGACAUGGAGACUUGUUAGGAGGAUCAAUGUGCACAAAGGAUCCGGAAUUAUUUUUGUUUUUAUCAGAAUACCAGAAGCAAAUUGGUAAUACAAUGGGUCCUUUCACAGCGUCCAUCUUGCUUCGAGGGAUCCGAACCCUACCACUUAGAAUGGAGAAACAUUGUAGCAACGCUUUCAAGAUAGCACGAUAUUUAGAAACACAUCCUAAGGUUUCUCGUGUAAGAUAUCCCGGUCUUGAAUCAUAUCCCCAGCACGACGUAGCAAAAUUACAAAUGAAGAAAGGAUUUGGUGGUAUGGUCAACUUUGAGAUGAAAGGAGGUUUAGCCGCGGGGAAGAUCGUCAUGGAGAACAUCAAACUGAUUUUGAUGGCUACAUCAUUGGGAGGAACAGAAAGCUUAAUGGAGCAUCCUGCAUCGAUGACACACGGUCCUGAGGUUAUGUCAAAGGAGGAGAGGGAAGCAGGUGGUAUCUCAGAUGGAAUGAUUCGAUUCAGUGUUGGUGUGGAAGAUCCUGAUGACCUAAUAAGAGAUCUUGAACAAGCUUUGGCAAAGGCAUGAUGAUCCACAAAUCACCACAACCUUUUCG